UUUUCAGAUGCAGAGUGUUAUAAAUACAGUGAAGGGAACAGCUUUGGGGGUAGCUGAGUAUCUUACCCCUAUCCUGAAGGAAUCUAAGUUCCGUGAAAGCGGAAUGGUGACACCGGAUGAGUUUGUAGUAGCAGGAGAUCAUCUAGUUCAUCACUGUCCCACUUGGCAUUGGGCUUCAGGAGAUGAAUCCAAGAGGAAAUCUUACCUUCCUCCUGAUAAACAGUUUCUAAUUACCAAGAAUGUUCCUUGCUAUCGUCGCUGCCGGCAUAUGGAAUAUAGUAGAGAUCAGGAGCAAGUGAUAGAGAGUGAUGGAGACCCUGAGGGAGGCUGGGUGGACACUCACCAUUUUGCAACAGAUGAUGCUCAAGAUGCUCUCUCAAUUACCCAGCAGGUCACUGACAUAUCUCUUAAUUCACAGGCAACCCUGGAUGUUUCCAACUUGAAAUCGGCAUUAGAGAAUACAGAAGAGGCAUCAGGAGACAAAUUGGAUUCCGAAGGUGGAGAGAUUGUCCAGACUCGUUCUUAUGAUCUUCACAUCACAUAUGACAAUUACUACCGUACUCCCCGCCUGUGGUUGUUUGGUUAUGAUGAAAGUCGAAAGCCUUUGUCAGUGGAGCAAAUGUAUGAAGACUUCAGCCAGGACCAUGCAAAGAAGACAGUAACCAUGGAGACACAUCCCCACAUCCCUGGUCCUCCAAUGGCAUCUGUGCACCCCUGCAAACAUGCAGAUGUGAUGCGAAAGAUCCUGGAAACUGUGGCCAUGGGUGGAGGUGAACUUGGUGUUCAUCAGUACCUUAUCAUCUUCCUCAAAUUUGUUCAGGCUGUAAUCCCAACUAUUGAGUAUGACUACACGCAAAACUUUUCCAUGUGAUACCUUUCUUCCUUCAAAACAAUAUUCCUUUUCCAUCAUGCCAUGAGAAAAUAUAUUCUUAUUAUCUAAUAUAGGAAUCACAUUUCUUGCAUUCUCAUUCAGCUUUUUUCCAUGAGACAGAUGACAAAUCAGUGUCUGUUUCACCUGCUUUGUAAGAAAUCUGGAUCAUCCAAUAUGGAAUAAACCAAUAAAAUGAUGAUUUGACUCAGCA